CGUGUUGAACUACUAUAGACUUACGUUGUAUAGCUUUUACAGUUAUUGAUAUCAUGGCUGGCAAUCCGGAGCAUAUGUCGACCGUGUCCAAUUUAUCAGCAGGUUUGAAAAAUGUCAACAUUUCAGAACAGCAACUUAGAGAUACUACCAUCUUACAACAGCAUUUAACCAACGAAGUCAAUGACCAAACCCAGAUAUCCAGAAUAUCUGCCUUCUUCCAGAAUCAACCAACAGAAGGGUUCACCUUGUUCAGCCACCGGUCAGCUCCUAAUGGUUUCAAGGUCGCCAUCAUCUUAAGCGAACUCAACUUGAACUAUAAUACGAUUUUUUUGGAUUUUAACUCAGGUGAACAAAGGGCUCCUGAAUUUGUAGCUAUCAAUCCAAAUGCCAGAGUUCCAGCCUUGAUAGACCAUUACAACGAUAACACCUCCAUCUGGGAGAGUGGUGCCAUCGUAUUGUACUUGGUAUCCAAGUACUUGAAUGAACAGGGAGAGUGCAAAUUAUGGUCCAACAACUUGGUCGAACAAUCACAAAUUAGUUCCUGGGUAUUCUUUCAAACCAGUGGACAUGCCCCAAUGAUUGGCCAAGCGUUACAUUUCAGAUAUUUCCAUUCGACUCCAGUUCCUUCUGCAGUUGAGAGAUACACUGAUGAGGUUAGAAGAGUUUAUGGAGUGAUAGAAAUGGCCUUGGCAGAAAGAAGAGAGGCAUUAAUCAUGGAUUUGGAUGUGGACAAUGCCGCUGCCUAUUCAGCCGGCACCACCCCUUUGUCCCAGUCCCGGUACUUUGACUACCCCGUGUGGUUGGUGGGAGAUAGAGCCACCAUUGCAGAUUUAUCAUUUGUGCCAUGGAACAAUGUGGUGGAUCGAGUGGGUAUAAAUUUAAAGUCUGAAUUCCCUGAAGUGUACAAAUGGACCAAAUAUAUGAUGAGGAGACCUGCGGUCAUAAGAGCUUUGAGAGGCGAAUAAAGCCUCCUCGUGUGGUGACAUGGGUAUUGUAAUAACGAUCAUGAAAUUAGUAUUAAUAGUAUAAUUCUUUUAACGUUUAAGCUAACUAGUAAAACUUAUAAAUCAUUAGACAAAGUAACAGAAUCGGAAGAAUGAGCUUAUGGAGCCAGUAUAACUUGUACUUCUUCGGCACAUGCGUUACCGGGUAAGGUAGUGAGUCAUUAUUAUCGUCUCCUUUUUCAUUGUAACAAAUAGGAUUACCUUCCGGCUUGUAAGGAGGUGGGGGGCACAAUGUUUGAUCCUUUUCAGAUUGACUUAUUCCUAUACAAAUGAUAUUUCGUACACUAUCAGUUGCCACCAAUCCACGUGGUGAGCUUGGAUCUUUAGCCCCUUUUGGAAUUACCAUGCACAUGUUGGCCGGUGUU